AUGUUCAAGAUAAUACCUAGCAGGGCUGGUAUGAGAACUGGGAUUAGAUUCCUCAGCUCAGGGUUCAGAUCAAUUGGUCAAACACCUUUACCAACAUUCAUGAUUAAACAAUCAACAACCACAACCACAUUCAAUCCAAUAUCGAAACCAAACAGUGUGCUGUCACAACUCCAAACUUCUGCAUUAUAUCAAAAUAUAACAAAACAACGUGAAAUUGUGGAUUCAAAAUUAGAAGAAUCAGAUAUUAAAGAUUUUGAGUCAAAUGAUUCCAAAACUCCUUCGAUGCAAUUAGAUUCUGUUAUGAGAAAAAGAAGAUAUAAAAUCAAGAAGCAUAAAUUUAGAAAGAGAAGAAAAGCACAAAAGGCCUUGAGACGUAAAUUAAAGAAAUGA